CUCCCAGUCCACCCCCUCCUCCGAGGAACCCGAUCGACCGCCUCUCUCCUUCCUCGUCCCAGCUCCGCCGGGAUCGAUCCAUUGCACCGGUGAGUGGGGCGACGAGCAGCAACAUGGCCGCUCGGCGGUCUCUGCCGCUCCUCGUGGCCCUGCUCUUCGCCGCGGCGUCUCUUUCCCACACCGACGCCGCAGGCUCGGCGGAGGCGGACGUGCUCCUCAAGUUCAAGACGAUGAUCACCGAUCCAAAGGGCAGGCUCGGCAGCUGGGUCUCCGGGGGGGACCCAUGCGGCGAUUUAGACGGCAAGGGGAAGGGGAAAUGGGAGGGCGUCAUCUGCAGCGACGGCAAUUUGCAUGCGCUGCAGCUGGAGAACAUGGGCCUCUCGGGCAUGUUGAACGUCAGCGUGGGUGCCCUCAGGGAAUUGCCGGACCUCCGAACGCUUAGCUUCCAGGACAACCAAUUCUCCGGUCCGAUGCCGGACGUGAAGAAUUUAGCGGGGAUGAGAGGUAUAUUUCUGUCGAACAACAAGCUGUCGGGGGAGAUCCCGGACGACGCGUUCCAAGGGAUGGGUUCGCUCAAGAAGGUGGACCUCUCCCACAACGACUUCUCCGGCUCCAUCCCGACGUCGCUCGCCCGUGUGCCCAAGCUCCUGCAGCUCAGACUCGACGACAACAAUUUCUCCGGCACCAUACCCCAUCUCCGGCAGAAGGAAUUGCAACUCCUCAACGUGUCCCACAACGAGCUGGAAGGAAAGAUUCCGGACGGCCUCAAGAACGUCAAGGAAGCCUUCUUCGAUGGCAACAAAAACCUAUGUGGCGAAGCUGUCGGAAACCCUUGUGCGACGGCUACGCCACCACAACAGCCAUCACCACCGGCACAAUCGCCGCCGCCCCAAAAGAACUCGAUCCCGGUACUGGAAGUCAUCACGAUAGCGUUUGGUGGGACAAUAGUGAUAGUCGGAGCAAUCGUCGUCGCACUCAACCGUGGGCGAGAGAAAGUGGAGGUAUUAGGCCAACCCAUGUCCUCGAGGAACUCAAAGAAAUACACAUCGUUUCGGGAGGAAAAGCUCGAGAAGGGUGCGCCGGUCAAGUACGAGGGGAGUGGCAGCGGGAUGGCUGCGGCGGCAAGUGGGAACGAUCAGGGAAGGCUGGUGUUUGUGAGGGAAGGGAGGGAGAGGUUUGAGCUGCAGGAUCUGCUCAAGUCCUCGGCCGAGGUGCUGGGGACGGGCAACUUCGGGUGCACCUACAGGGCCACUCUCCCGAAUGGUCCAUCCGUGGUGGUCAAGAGGUUCAGGGAUAUGAACAGGAGCGGCAGAGAGGAUUUUGAGGAGCACAUGAGGAGGCUAGGGAGGCUGUCCCACCCCAACCUGCUCCAAUUGGUCGCCUACCACUACAGGAAGGAGGAGAAAUUAUUGGUCCACGACUACGUCCCUAACAGGAGCUUGGCUUUCAUACUCCAUGGUAAUCGAGGCCCGAAUCAUAUGACGAUGCUCGACUGGCCGGCGCGCUUAAAGAUCGUGAAAGGAGUAGCCAGUGCUCUGGCAUAUCUCUACGAGGAGCUCCCAAUGUUAGGGGUACCCCAUGGCCACUUGAGGUCCUCCAACGUGCUGCUAGGCGAGUCCCUGGAGCCUCUCCUCACCGAUUACGCCCUCAUACCGGUGAUGAACCAAUCUCACGCUGCAAAGUUCAUGGUAGCCUACAAAUCCCCUGAGCGCAAGCAAAUCGGCAGAACAUCCAAGAAGAGCGAUGUAUGGAGCCUCGGAAUGCUGAUACUAGAGAUUCUCACAGGCAAGGUCCCCAUGCAUGACACGCAGCAGGGGAAGGAGAGUACAGAUUUGGUGAACUGGGUGAACUCUGUCGCUAGAGAAGGGCGGGCCAGCCAAGUGCUCGACAGCAAGAUGAGCAAGAGGACCAAGAACGCGGAGGGACAGAUGUUGAAGCUGCUGCAGAUUGCAUUGGCCUGUUGCGAGGAGAACACCGAAAAGCGGUGUGAGUUGAAGGAAGCUGUCGAGAAGAUUGAAGAGAUGACACUGGGGAAUGGGGAUGACUCUUCGACCGCCGCUGCCAGCGAGGAGGAGGGGGGCGAUUCAUCCAAAGCCCGGCCUGAGGAUGAUCUGUCUUCUAUUGAAAUUAAUUGAGCAUUCAAGGAAGAUUUUGAGAUUUCAUUGUCUUAAUCGAGCUUUGAAAUGAAAUAGAAAAAGAAAAAGAAAAGUUG